UCCUCCCUCUGACGAGAUUAGCAUUCUCGCGUCACCCACCACGUGGGUUCCCCAGCUUCAGUAAUGUGUUUCAUUUAAAGCUGUUCGGCUGGGGAACACGACAGCGUGAAAGAACUCUUUUAUCUGUCAUCAUUGAGAUGAAGAUCUACACCUGCAACCUGGUCACACUUCUGCAGUGGAUUCCAGUCAUCUGAAUGCUAAUGAAAACAUAAAAAAAUGUUUCCUUUCUCACUUCUGCGGAGGUCAUUACACAUUUCUGGCCAGUGCUUGAAGAAGACCCCUCAGAAUCUGAAAGGGAAGACUGUUGCAGAGCAGCGCUGGGUGGUGAGACAGCUCAAAGACCCCUUUGUGAAGGCGGCUCAGGUGCAGAAUUACCGCUGCCGCAGUGCGUUCAAGCUACUGGAGAUCAACGAGAAGCACAGGAUCCUGCAGCCCGGUCUCAGCGUGGUGGACUGCGGAGCUGCACCAGGGGCAUGGAGCCAGGUUGCAGUUGAAAAAGUCAAUUCAGCUGGGGCUGAUCCUGAAGUCCCCACUGGUUUUGUAAUAGGAGUCGACCUCCUUCGGAUAGCCCCGCUAGUUGGAGCACACUUUCUGGCUAAUUCGGAUGUGACAGACCCAGCAACCCAAACCAGACUCCAGGAGCUUCUCCCUGCACGCAGGGCGGAUGUCAUCCUCAGUGAUAUGGCACCCAAUGCCAGUGGCUUUAAAGAGAUGGAUCACGAGAGGCUGAUCAGCAUGUGUCUCUCAGUGCUGGAACUAGCCGAGAAAGUGCUGCAGCCCGGGGGGACAUUUCUAUGUAAAUGCUGGGAUGGAGGACAAACCAGCCUGCUCAAGAACAAGCUUGCUCAGUCCUUUCAGGACAUAAGGACCAUAAAACCACAGGCCAGUAGGAAGGAGUCUGCCGAAAUGUUUUUACUUGCAAAGAAUUACAGGAAGAAAUGAUCAGCAGUUUUGCAUUCUUAUAUAUCGAAAAGUUACAUUUGAACUUAUUUGUUAAGAGGUACCCUUGCACUCAAGUGAAGCUUGUCUGAAAGAGCACUGUACAAAGGAGGUGUGUUCUUACAUGGAAUAUGAAAGAUGUCACGAUUGGAUCUGAAAUAUGUAAAAUAAAAAAAUAUUUGGUGACAGCAUUAUAUCAAGUGCCAUAUGUUCCUUUCCAGUAUGUAUUAUAUUUUUCCAUCACAGAGGGAUAUUAGCCAUUAUUUAUAAUAGUACAGUGCUGUAGAUAAAUAUUUAAUGUUAUUCAAAUGAAAACAAAUACUGUUUUAAAGGUUGUAUUGGCAGCUGUGUUCCCCCCUGCCCCCCCAUAAUAAAGAUGCAUACUGUAUUAUA